CCAAUCCUAAACGGCAGAGACAGUGUAAGAAAAGUACUUGAAACAUUCCAAGAACGUGGCGGAGAGUGGGCCAAAAUAGCCACCCAAUACUACGGGCCGGUCAUCGAAAACUUCACUUGCGACAAGACUAUUUACACGGCGGUAGAGGUAACAGCCGGUAACCGUCUGUUUCACCACAUCGUCGAGUCAGACACUGUAGGAACCAAGAUCCUGAAGGAGAUGAACCGGCAGAGUCUACCUGGAGAGGUGACGUUUAUGCCGCUGAAUCGUCUCCAAGUCCGGGAUAUGGUCUACCCCAAUGAUAAU